AUGACCGAGCCAACUCGAUUGACACCACACAAUGAUAGUGCAUCACACGAUCGCAAGACUGGAGGAGCAGUCACUGCAGCUCGCCGCCAUGGAAACCUCGAAACUAUCCGCAAACAAUCCGGCUGGUCGGACUUUCCCUCUUGCAUACCCAUUUCGAUGCGAACAACAAAAAGCGGCAAGGUCACCGAGUUCGGAAACACCAAACUUCGCAUUAUCGAGCGCAUCGCCGUAUCAACAGACUUUUUGAGCGCACUAGAUUUCCUCAAGAUCAAGACGGAGGGUGGUGAGAGAUUGCUCAGUCUCAAGGAUUUGGAGCAGUGUGCAGCGCAUUUUGACAAUGGCAAGAAAGCAAGACAGCAGUCGAGGGAACGAGGAGGAUCCAGCUCUGCAGCAACGAGCACUGUCGUCAGUCAAGCGGACGAAAGUGAACCGAGCUACCAGUCCAUGGCCCAACCUCUAGACUCCUGGAACGGCUUCACCCUCGACCAAAGCCCGACGCCUCUGCAGGUUGCAACCUCCAUGCAGCCGCUCAAAAGACCUAGUCCAGAAACCUUCCAGAACAUGUCUGUAUCACCGGUGGACUCAAAACGACCUCGCAUGGACACGCUCUUCGAUACUCAGCACACAGACUUCUCAUACCACAUGUCCGAGGUGGAACUGGGCAACACAGCGAAUCUGACCGUCCCUCAGCGGUACCAUUACCAAAGCAACAUGAACAUGCGGGCCUCACCAAGCAACGCAUCUCCACGAUCACCAUCCCAAGAUCCGGCGAGGGCAUUGUUGAGCAUCCACCCGCACGCCGGAAGCAUUUUCUCAAACCUCAACACGUCAUUCGACGACUUGCUCGCCCGAAUUGAAGAUCAUCAACAAAUUGUCAAGACCGCGCUAGAUCAACUUCGGAUGGCUACAAACGGUCUCAGUGUGGUGUCUGGAACUUCCCACAGCGCCAGUGACCGGGAUUUGGAAAACACAUUGAGAACAGCACAGAGAAAGGAAGCACGCGCCCGUCAAGAUCUGGACCAGGCGAGGUCAGCAAGAGACGUGAUUGAUGUCGAGUAUGGUCACAUCGGUACAUCACUCUCUCGAGCGCUGGUGGACACGGUGCGAGCCGAGUACUCACGCGCAGGAGUGGCAAUGACACAGGCCCAAGCAGAUGUCGAGGCUGCAAGGCAGAGACUGAGCAAUGCGAACAACCGGGAGCAGGUCCUGAAGAGGACGAAGGAUGUGGCCGAGGUUGGCAUUGAUCAGCUGCAGCGGCAGACCAGGUUCUGGUUGAAGAGGCUGGCAGAGGCGGGAGUCAAGCUGACAGAUCAGUUGGGCACAUUGCAAGGAAGCGAUACAGGUCAGAUGCCGUCGCAGAUGUGA